AUGGAGAGAGAGGAGUUUGGGGACCCUAAAAGGGCCCGUAUAUCAGGCAAAUUUCAUGGUGCCUCAUCUGGAGGUAGGGGAUCACAGAGAGUGAGUGGUUCUUUUCAGCAGCGGGGACCUAUUCAUGCAUCUAUGCCGACAUUUGAGGGUGGCCAGACAUCUAGGGGUUCUUAUAGCCCGGGUCAGGGCUCGUACGUUUCACAGCAGCGACCUACAGGACGAGGCAAUUAUAGUGGGUUGUCAGGGUCUACACAGAAGUUUCAAGGUCAGAGAUUUUGUUUUACUUGUGGAGAUCCCUAUCAUCUAAUGCGGCAGUGUACUUCACAAAGGGGUUGUGGUGGGCCUCGACCUAAUUCUUCAUUCCAGACUAGACCACUAGCACCACAGGGUAGAGGUCGUUAG